ACAGACAAAACACAAUUGAAAAACACUUUUUUUCCAAAYUUAAACAAAACAAUUUUUCAUGAAUUUUUGAAAGAGAAGUACGAAUGAGGACUUUACUGAAAGCUCUUUGGAUAAUCGUGGGCGUCUUACUGGUGGAAUGCUCGGCCAAAAGGGCAACGAACAAAAACAACGAGGAAGAAACUUCACGUCAUGUUUCAAAGAAUGUAAAUACCAAGCGGCAAGACAUAUCGACRAUUCCAGGUCUAGGACUUGCAGCUGAGCUUGCCAUGAUGCCAUCCAAAAAUGCUUCAGUGACWCAUGCUGCUUUGGUGGGUAGUUACGCAGGGAGCAGUGCCGGAGCAAGCAGCGGAGCACAAGCAGGAGCAAAAGCAGGCGCAACAGCAGGAGCCGAAGCAGGAGCAAGUGCUGGGCUUGAAGCAGGGAAAAAAGCCGGURUUCAGGCAGCUGCYAGGAUUGCCCAUCAGAUUGUGGCGGAAACGAUGUCGAAAAUCAAUCUUCUAAUGGCAACUCAGGGACACAUCUUAAACGUGUGGGCCAAUACAUCUUCUAAUGCAGGGGCAGGAGGAGCUGGUCAAGGAGGUGGUAAAGGCACGGGRAAUGCUGGAGGCCAAGGCGAAGGAGAGGGUGAAGGCCAAGGAGGGUCUAGUGGGGGAACUACAUCGAGUGGAGGCGGAGGAGGUGGUGGAGGCGGAGGAGGGGGUGGUUCUAGCGGAACCUCAGGAGGACCAGGAGCUCCGGGUGGAAACGGGACUUCCGGUGUAAGUGGGUCAUCUGGAGUUAUCGUUGGACCUGGAGGUGGUGGAGGGACCAGUACGUCGUCGACUGGUGGGGGUGGAGCAAUUACAGUUACACCUGUGACAGGACUCUAUUCUGCUGCUGCGAAUUUUGCCGCCCUGCAAGCAACAAGCGUUACUGGUGCAGCACUUAAAAUAAUGGACAAGGCCUUAUACAUGAUUUUCUCAAUCAGUACACCACUGGUACAAAUAUAUUACAAAAACUACUGUCUACGCGCCAACGCAAUGGAGUUAUUUUGGAGCAGCCAUUGCCAGUACUUUAUUGCACAUGUUCCUGGACUGAACAAAGACCCYGAUACCGUGUCGUUCGAGUCGAUCUGUUWCCCUGGUGCUUACAUUGUACAGAAAGACUAUCGCUUUCUCUUGGUCAACUUAACUMUGGACAAAAACUUCUUCAAAGAAGCAACAUUUUACAUUCGUCGCCACGAAGAAUUGAGAGAAACAUUCUCAUUCGCUUCUUUCCACGAAGGAUGGUACUUGGCCAUUGGAAAUAAUGUUGGUCUAGCUUACUACGAAGCUCAAAUAGCAUACACUAACUACACGAGGGAGUUUGACUUACAGACAUCGUUUGUUUUGAAGCCAUAUCAAGGAGACAAUCCUUUGAAGAACUGUGMAGUGGAGAAAAUCGUGCCAACAACUCUUCCUACUGUUCCACCAACUGUGCCUAAACCGAGAAUAAAAUGCAUUGCUCUGAUGUUUGUCAACAAAGUUGGCGUGCCGUUCACUAUUAAAUCAAACCUCAAGCCAUCCGGUUGGGGAGUCAAUGGRCAAGUGAUGAAGAUGAACUUUACUUUCAAGCGACCAGAAUUGCACAACUUCGUCACGUUCCAUGCKCUUGACACUAAGAACACGAUGAAGAUAUUUUUGGAUAAUGACACCUCCAUCUCAGUAAUGCCUACUGAAGAUUGUAAAGUCUAUAUUCCCGUGGUAGCAACGGGUGUUCCUGUACCAACAACACCACCGACGACUGCUACAGUUCCUCCCAAACCAACCACACCACCACAGCCAAUACCAGUAAGCGAACCAGCUUUACCACCUGCACCAACUCCAGGAAUAGCUUCGGCUCCUCCACCACCUACAACAGUACCUACCACAAAGAAACCAUGCAUUCCACCWUGUACACCACCAACAACGCGGCCUCCUCCACCACCCCCAGGACCAGGAAUUCACUACCACAUUCAUUUUUUGGCGUGYACACCAACACACGGAGGGAACUCCCAAGGAGCGUGUUGUAUGUUUCCUUACACUUACAAUAACGACACGUAUAACCGCUGCAUUAGUACUAACAGCGAACAGAACUGGUGCUCCACCACUGCGAACUAUGACCUGGACAAACAAUGGGGAUAUUGUCAAGGUACAUAA